CCAAACGACAGCCCAAAAUUAUGGACAAAACGCACAACAUAAAUACCUAAACAAUCUGAUCCGAUUGGUUUGUUUAGCGAAAACUCCGAUCACCGGGUAAAAUUCCGGUGCCGGAGAUUUACCCGGUGAAAUUAUAGUAACCCAUGGAUUCCCCAGAGAUUCGUGAGGAAGAGCUGGAGAAAAUGAAUAAAAAUAGUCUCGGUUACAGAGUUUUCCGUUCCUGUUUUGCCCUUGCCUUUUCUCUUUUAACCUUAUUUUUGUUGUUCUUUUGCUUGCUUUAUUUGGCUGUAUUGAUCGGGAAUUUGUCUAUUUGGAAUCCCGUUUCUGUGGCUUCCCGGUGCAAAAUUGUAUCCAGCAGUGUCGAUCUUAGGUCAACUAAGGUCUGUGAAUUGGGAUUGUUAAAUUAUAAAGCAAAGCAUGUGUUCCAUCCACGUGAGAGAAAGAAAUAUCGAUGUCAUUAUGAUUACUACUGGGCUUCUAUAUUUGAGCAGGUUGAAUAUAGUGAUCAUUUAGGUCAGGCAAGACUUGCAUUGGCUGAAGCUCCAAAGGAAGCACUCCCCUCUUACUGUAGACCCAAUUUCAGUGAUGCUUGGUUAACCAAAAAUAAAUUCAAGGUGAAUGAAACCUAUGGAUGCUGGUAUACGUUGGGCAUUCCUAAGGUGCACAUAGACCAGGAUGGUUUAUUUAACUGUCAUGCAAAAGAUCCAUCAACUGUUGAAAUGCUUAGAAGAUAUUCUAUUCUAUUCACAAGGAUAUUGAAGACAUGGCUUGCUGGUGAGGGAUCCAUCAGGAUAUGGAGAUGGGACAUAAUAGCCGGACUUCUUACUGGUUUUUCGACUUCCUUGAUAUCCAUCACCUUAGUUGGGCUUAUACGGCCGUUGAAAUCUUUUAUAAGUCGAAUCCACACUGUAAGAACGCUUCCUCUCCGUUCUAAUACUGUCCUAUUAAAGCGAGCUUUUUUGUUAGUAGUAUACAUCUCGUUUAUGAGUUGGGUCACCAUACAAUACUUGAAACGACUUGGCCUUCCCUUGAUGAUAUAGUUCACCAUGUUAGGCAGCACACGUUUUUCUAACCGUGCUCUGUGUUGUACCAAUAUGAGUAGGCAACUUGUAUAACUAUUAAGUGAUGAUAUAUUUACUGAAAUUGUAUAAAUUUUGGUACAAUUGCAUGUACUAGAAGUGGAUCUCUUUUUAUC